UAAAUGCAAGGCAGAAGAUUCUCUAAUGGGCUUCAACAUAUAAAUUGUUUUUUCCCCCAAAAAUACAACAGAUGUAAUGAUACAUUUAAUCGAAACUCUAUAAAAUGAAGUCAGAAUGAGAAAAUUUCACCCCACCCAAACCCAAACCGAAAACACUCCGCAGUGUUUUCAGAGUGUCGAGGAACUGAAAUAACUUCGCGUCAAUGUUUUUCUCUCUCCCACGAAAACAGUAAUUAUUGUAUGUUUCUAUACGGGAUUAUAUAUAUCCACACGCUGCAAUUUUAUUAAUGAAUUUAUUUAACUUAUUUUGAGUGCAUUUUUCUUUGUGUUGAUCUUUCUAUCUCGGACUGUUAUUUUUUCUAUCGCUUCUGUUCUCGUCUAUUUUGGAUUUUCGAUCUUGGAGAAGUGAAAACUAAUGCCAGCCAGAUAUAGGUCCACACCAUGAGCAACAGAAGCUUUUUGGAUGACUUUUUGAAGAUAUGACAUAUAUUGGUUUUAUUCGCUCUGCGCUUAUGGCUUGCACGUGUUGAUGCAGAUGUAGUGAAGUCAGUGUCAGUGAUGGAGGGAGACUAUGUCACUCUUCACACUGAUCUUGCUAAAAACCAGACAGACAUUACAAUAACAUGGAGUUUUGGACUUGAAGCGACUCGUAUAGCUGAUAUCUUAAAAAGGGAUCAAAUGAACCAUUUCUUUGUUAGUAAGGAUGGGAUAUUCAGAGAUCAUCUACAGUUGGACAAUCAGACUGGAUCUCUCACCAUCACAAACAUCAGAACUGAACACACUGGACUUUAUAAACUAUUUAUUAGCAGGGACAAGGUCUCAUUUUUUGUUUUUAAUGUUACUGUACAUGCUCGUCUGUCUGUUCCUGUCAUCAUCAGAAACUCUUCUCAAUGUUCUUCAUCAUCAAAAAGAUCUUCAAAAUGUGUGUUGUUGUGUUCAGUGAUGAAUGUGACACAUGUGAGUCUCUCCUGGUACAAAGGAAACAGUUUAUUGUCCAUCAUCAGUGUGUCUGAUCUCAACAUCAGACUCUCUCUGCCUCUGGAGGUGGAAUAUCAGGAUACAAACACAUACAGAUGUGUCAUCAACCAUACCAUCACAAACCAAACUCAACAUCUGGACAUCAACAAUGUCUGUAAAUCAUGUUCAGCACUCAUGAUGAAGCCACACUGGGUGGGAAUCACAGUUUUUAUUGUAAUGCUGGUUAUGACGACUGCAGCUCUGGGUGUAAUGUGGUUUCUCUACUACAGGAAAACUAGACACAGAGUUCAGACUCAUGAUGAGGAAGAGCUUCAUUAUGCAGAUACAACAUUUAGUGCACGCCAUAAUGAGAUUUCGAAAGCUGAUGAACACACGGUGUAUUCAAGUGUUGCUCUGAGUUGACGUCCUCCUCAUAUCAUCUGUGCGUCUUCAUUAUGAACCACACAUUUAUGUUAUACAUAUUUAUGUUAUGAUAUUUAAAUUGUACAUUUUUGUAUGUUAUGCUGUUGUAUUAAUUUAUUUUGUAAUUACUUUAAAUGGUAAUGUCGGUUUUCUAUGAAUGAAUGAUCCACAAAUAUUUUAUUGUUCCAUACCCCACAUGGACAACAUGUGACGGUUUUAUGGGAUUUUGGAGUUGGAUAGCUUCUUCCGCCACAUUUAACUUUCUUUUAAUCUAGAUCUUUUGACUUUUUAGUGGUUUUCGUAAAGUAAAGUAAAUGGUUUUUGAUGACACAAGUGAAAAAAUAUAUAUAUAUAUUUAUAUUUUUCCAUUUAGUAAGAUUUGUUUUACUUGAAGCAAUGUUGCAAUACUGUUGUUAACCUCUAGGUGGCAGUAUAACCAAACGAAUUAGUGUGCAUGAACCUGGGGUAGAAAGAGGACAGGUGAUAUAUAAAAAAAAACAGUGAACAUAAAGGUAAGUAGUUUGAGGGGAUUUGUAAGGAAUAGAAGUUCAUUAAAAUAAGACAGGAUAUAGGUUGUUCAUACAAUAUAAACAAUACGUUGUGGCCUCAGUGAGAUUAUCUAACUGCAUUUUGAAUGCAUUGUAUUUGGAUGCACCAGCUUGAAUCCAGAGGGACUCUUUGUGGAAGCUGUUUGAUGCUUUCUGUUUAUUCCUGGUUUUAAUAAAUGUUAAAUGAAACGUGAAGAUUUACGAGUGCAAAAACUGCAAUAAGUUAGUCUGCAAGACAAUAUGCAAAACGAUUUUAAUGUUUCAUUUGACAUUUAUAAUCAAUAUCAAGAGCAACAAACACAUUUCUGCCUAAGUCAGCCUUUAACUUUUUUUCUCAUUUGUGAUGUAUUAACUUUAAAUUACAUUUAAUUUAAAUGACAUUAAUCUUACGACAUUAGGUUAUAUUGGUGUUAUUAUGGCACAUUUGAGCAGCAUUAAACAGUCUUUGUAUUAAACCAUGUCAUGCUGCAGCUUAAAGAUGACUUUUGUUAAUGUUGAGCACAUUUACUGUCUAUAGUUUGCUAUUAUUCAUAUUGGUUGAAAUAAUUGAUUUAAUAUACAUAUUUAAAAUAGAAGACAAUGCAAAUGUAUAGAAGAAUGUUCAUUUCAUUUGUAAAUUUUGGAAAAGUUUAUUUCUGACCCUGGUAGUAGUAACCCCUUCAUUUUUUAGCAUUUGGAUUUAACGAUUCCCGGUUGAUGGUGAGGUAUGUAAGAUAGAUCAAGAUUUCAUAUUCUAAUUUUGCUCUUAUAUUAUUAUACUGGUUAUCGUUGCAGUAAUGUCUUGAUCAGGGCAAGUUCUGCUAUAUGUACAUUGUGCAUAUGUGCUGUUCAUCUGGCUUGUUUGGGGGGAAAUUUAUUUUGAUUUUUGAUAACUAAUUUGAAAAUAUAUAAAACUAUUUAUCUUAUUUA